AUGGAAGGAAUUUUAAAUUUUUCCAGUGAUUUAGACAUCAAUUUGUUAGAUCAGGUGGUAACAACUUUCUAUCAAGGAUCCGGUGUCCAGCAAAAACAAGCUCAGGAGAUCUUGACGAAAUUUCAAGAUAAUCCUGAUGCUUGGCAAAAGGCUGAUCAAAUUCUCCAAUUCUCAACCAAUCCGCAAUCGAAGUUUAUUGCCCUAUCCAUCCUUGAUAAACUAAUUACUAGAAAAUGGAAACUGUUGCCGAAUGAUCAUAGAAUUGGAAUUAGGAACUUCCUUGUCGGUAUGAUUAUUUCCAUGUGCCAAGACGAUGAAGUUUUCAAAACACAAAAAAACCUGAUCAAUAAAUCAGAUCUAACCUUAGUUCAAAUCUUAAAACAAGAAUGGCCUCAAAAUUGGCCCGAAUUUAUUCCUGAACUAAUUGGAAGCUCGAGCUCCUCUGUCAAUGUUUGCGAAAACAACAUGAUUGUCUUGAAGUUGUUAUCCGAAGAAGUCUUUGAUUUUUCUGCGGAACAAAUGACUCAAGCUAAAGCUUUACAUUUAAAAAACUCAAUGUCCAAAGAGUUCGAACAGAUUUUCAAAUUAUGUUUCCAAGUCUUAGAACAAGGUUCUUCAACCUCUUUAAUAGUGGCUACUUUGGAAUCCUUACUGAGAUAUUUGCAUUGGAUUCCCUACCGUUAUAUUUACGAAACAAAUAUUUUGGAACUAUUAAGUACCAAAUUCAUGACAUCCCCUGAUACAAGAGCAAUCACAUUGAAAUGUUUGACGGAAGUUUCAAAUCUAAAGAUUCCACAGGAUAAUGAUUUGAUAAAGAAACAAACUGUACUUUUCUUUCAAAACACUCUACAACAAAUCGCCACAAAUGUCAUGCCUGUUACGGCUGAUCUGAAGGCAACUUAUGCGACUGCUAAUGGUAAUGAUCAAUCUUUCCUUCAGGAUUUGGCAAUGUUUUUAACUACCUACUUGGCUCGUAAUAGAGUGUUAUUGGAGAGUGAUGAAUCCCUAAGAGAGUUAUUAUUGAACGCACAUCAAUACUUGAUUCAAUUAUCCAAAAUUGAAGAAAGGGAGUUAUUUAAGACGACUCUGGAUUAUUGGCAUAAUUUGGUAGCGGAUCUAUUUUAUGAAGUUCAGCGUUUGCCCGCUACUGAAAUGAGUCCAUUGAUACAAUUAUCAGUCGGCUCACAAGCCAUAUCGACUGGAUCUGGCGCUCUAAACCCAGAAUAUAUGAAGAGAUUUCCCUUGAAAAAACACAUCUACGAAGAAAUUUGCUCGCAAUUGAGAUUAGUCAUUAUUGAAAAUAUGGUAAGACCGGAGGAAGUUCUUGUUGUUGAAAAUGAUGAAGGGGAAAUUGUUAGAGAAUUUGUCAAGGAGUCGGAUACUAUCCAACUAUACAAGUCGGAAAGAGAAGUUCUUGUAUAUUUGACCCACUUAAAUGUUAUUGAUACUGAAGAAAUCAUGAUCAGUAAAUUGGCAAGACAAAUUGAUGGGUCAGAAUGGUCAUGGCACAAUAUUAACACAUUAUCUUGGGCUAUUGGUUCUAUAUCCGGUACGAUGAGCGAAGAUACCGAAAAAAGAUUCGUGGUCACUGUUAUCAAAGAUUUGCUAGAUUUAACGGUAAAGAAAAGGGGAAAAGAUAACAAAGCCGUUGUUGCAUCGGAUAUUAUGUACGUAGUGGGCCAAUAUCCUAGAUUUUUGAAGGCUCAUUGGAAUUUUUUAAGAACAGUCAUAUUGAAACUUUUUGAGUUCAUGCAUGAAACUCAUGAAGGUGUUCAGGAUAUGGCAUGUGACACAUUCAUCAAGAUUGUUCAAAAAUGUAAGUACCAUUUCGUUAUUCAACAACCUCGUGAAUCUGAACCAUUCAUUCAAACGAUAAUCAGAGACAUUCAAAAGACAACUGCUGACCUGCAGCCGCAACAGGUUCAUACUUUUUACAAAGCUUGUGGUAUCAUCAUUUCCGAAGAGAGGAGUGUAGCGGAAAGAAAUAGGUUAUUAAGUGAUUUAAUGCAACUGCCAAAUAUGGCUUGGGAUACUAUAGUGGAACAAUCUACGGCAAACCCAUCAUUGCUACUAGAUUCUGAAACCGUCAAAAUCAUCGCAAAUAUUAUAAAAACGAAUGUCGCUGUCUGCACUUCAAUGGGCGCCGAUUUCUACCCACAAUUAGGUCACAUUUAUUACAACAUGCUUCAAUUAUACAGAGCUGUUUCCUCAAUGAUUUCUGCUCAAGUGGCCACAGAUGGUUUGAUUGCCACAAAGACUCCAAAGGUCCGUGGUUUAAGAACCAUUAAGAAAGAAAUCCUGAAGCUCGUUGAAACUUAUAUAUCUAAAGCCAGAAAUUUGGAUGAUGUUGUUAAAGUGUUAGUGGAACCCUUAUUGAAUGCUGUUUUGGAAGAUUAUAUGAAUAAUGUUCCAGAUGCAAGAGAUGCUGAAGUGCUUAACUGUAUGACCACCGUGGUAGAAAAGGUGGGCCAUAUGAUCCCACAAGGUGUCAUUUUAAUUUUACAAAGUGUGUUUGAAUGUACCUUGGAUAUGAUUAACAAGGAUUUCACAGAAUAUCCAGAGCAUCGAGUAGAGUUUUACAAAUUAUUAAAGGUCAUUAAUGAAAAAUCCUUCGCUGCAUUUUUGGAAUUACCUCCUGCUGCGUUCAAAUUAUUUGUUGAUGCUAUUUGCUGGGCGUUCAAACACAACAAUAGGGAUGUUGAAGUUAGUGGUUUACAGAUUGCAUUGGAUCUAGUGAAAAACAUAGAAAGAAUGGGCAACGUCCCAUUUGCUAAUGAAUUCUACAAAAAUUAUUUCUUUGUUUUCGUCAGCGAAACAUUUUUUGUCUUAACCGAUUCCGAUCACAAGUCCGGGUUUUCUAAGCAAGCUCUUUUAUUAAUGAAGUUAAUCUCGUUUGUUUAUGAUAAUAAGAUCCCGGUACCAUUAUAUCAAGAAACUGAGGUGCCACAAGGAACUUCAAAUCAAGUUUAUCUGAACCAAUAUUUGGCUAACAUGCUAAGUAACGCAUUCCCUCACUUGACAUCUCAACAAAUUGCAAGUUUCUUAUCCGCAUUAACAAAACAAUAUAAAGACCUAGUAGUCUUCAAGGGUACCUUGAGAGACUUUUUGGUACAAAUCAAAGAAGUCGGAGGUGACCCAACUGAUUAUUUGUUUGCCGAAGAUAAAGAAAAUGCUCUAAUGGAACAAAAUAAAAUAGAAAGAGAAAAAGCUGCUAAGAUUGGUGGAUUACUAAAACCUUCCGAACUUGAUGACUAG